AUGCCUCCCAAGUUCGACCCCAAUGAGAUUAAGAUUGUCUACCUUCGUUGCGUAGGUGGAGAAGUCGGAGCUACCUCAGCUCUUGCUCCCAAGGUCGGACCUCUUGGUCUCUCUCCUAAGAAAAUUGGAGAAGACAUCGCCAAGGCUACACAAGACUGGAAGGGUCUUAAGGUCACAUGCAAGCUGACCAUCCAAAACCGUCAAGCUAAGAUCGACGUCGUUCCUUCUGCUGCUUCCCUCAUCAUCAAGGAAUUGAAGGAGCCUCCCAGAGACCGCAAGAAGGUCAAAAAUGUGAAGCACAAUGGUGACUUGACCAUCGAUACCAUCAUCAAGAUUGCCCGUAUCAUGCGCCCAAGAUCCAUGGCCAAGAAAUUGGAAGGAACAGUCAAGGAAAUUCUCGGAACUGCCCAAUCCGUCGGAUGCACUAUUGAUGGAGUCCAUCCUCAUGAUGUCAUCGACCAGAUCGCCAAUGGAGAAAUCGAAAUCCCAUCCGAGUGA